CUUAAUCGAAUGAUAGCAGGAUCAAAUACGGCUCCGUGAGCGCCUAGUGGAUGCAACAGGUCUGUCAUACUGGCGACAACGGUCAAUGUUUUGCAGACAUCAGUAUUGCAGUAUAAUAGUGUUGAAAAAAUCAGUCAUCCCUACCGAGGGACGUGUUUUGAGAACGUAUCGCACAAUUAACAGUCAUAUAACUGAGUAAUUGGAAGCUAGAUAUUUUCAUGUAGGUAAUAUGCAUAGCUUAUUAUAAAAGUGAAAUAUCCACUAUACAGAUACAUGUUGAUCAUUCGGGUACAUUGCACAGGAAAUCGAAAGGUGAUAAUGAGGUGCAGUUUGAUUGAGUGAAAGGUGAAUCUCUUCCUCGAGCAUAACACCAUUUCUGAACUGACGCUACGGCCGCUUUAUAUUCUACAAUAUUGCAUAAAUUUGAAACAGUUGUUAGGAGCAGAUGAUGUAAUGGCAUACCACUUCCGACUUAAUAGGUGGCCUCGCUGAACACAAACGGGAUUCAUUGACGGCGUUGCUUAAGACGAACACCUGUAAACUACACUCAUCGUUUCCGUCUAUGAUGACUGAUUAUGAUUCCAUAGGGAACGCUUCAGUGACAAUGUUAGUGAACGUUACUCCAUAUAGCGACGACUUGGCAGUGACUGGUUCUUUAAACAUGACAAAUGGAACAAUUCAAUCAACGAUUGCUCCCUAUGAAAACUUUUAUAACAGUGCACAGUUCACAACCGGACUAGUUUGCUACCCUAUUCUCUGUGUGUUGGGCAUAACAGGAAACGCUUUGAUCCUUAUUGUUCUAGCAACUAAAAAGAUGCAGACCUCCACUAACGUUAUUUUAGGUGCGCUGUCUGUUUCAGACAUGUUUAAACUUUUAAACGAUUUCCUGUAUUUUUUGACAAUACUAUUACUUCGAUUUUAUGAAGCAAAGGGGAAAGUAAUGUUGGCGUAUCUAUAUCCCUACGCACAUUAUAUCUUCAACAUGACUGCAUGUACAUCAGCUUGGCUGACGAUAUCAGUCGCCGUAGAACGCUACGUCAUGGUGUGCCACGCUACAAGAGCGAAGUCUCUCUGCACGAUCGCAAGAUCUCGCGUGAUCAGCGCAACAGUGUUUAUCAUAGUUGGUGCCAUUCUACUGCCUUCAGCAUUACGUUAUAGGACAGUCUCCCGUUGGUCCAACGUGACCAACUCCUCCCACAUGGACGUGGAGGUCACAGAACUGUGGAAAGACGCGAAGUUCGUGGCUUCCUACAACAGGAUGCAGAACCUUCUACGUUCAGUGAUACCCUUCUUCCUUCUUAUCAUCAUGAACGCGUUCAUAAUAAACGCACUGAGAAAGACACGUGCGAAUAAAAAGAUGGCUCAAAGAAAUCGCAUUACUACAAUGCUUAUUAUUGUUAUCUUAGUAUUUUUGAUCUGUAUUGCCCCGGAUGCCAUUAUGGGCCUCAUGGGACUUGGUUACAUAGAGGCAAAAGAUUUCCUCGUGAAAGGGGUUCGGGAAAUCACAGACAUGCUAUUAGCAGUGAACGCCUCGGUUAACUUUAUCAUAUACAUUGCCUUCAAUAGCAGCUUUAGGGAUCAGUUCUGCGAUCAAUUUUGUAAAAAGUGCCGGACUAAAUCGUGUAUUAACGGAACUAAAAAUAUCAAAAAAGAAUCUGAAGCUAAGUAUAAAAAGCUGUCGGAUAAAACUGUGAAUGGUUCCCACUAUAGUAAAUCAUCACCUAAUUCUUCAGAAAUUCAGGACCAGCCAACCACACUUAAGGACAAUGCGACUGUUACAAGUAAUGUUUAGAUGAUGUACAUUUCUGAUGUACAAAUGUAAAAUAUCAAAAUAAGGCAAAUAAAAUACAGAAAUAUUGUAUGUAAAAACAAAGCACCCGUGUAAAUAAUAUUUGAUAUAAAAGAGGUCUGUACAAAUGUUGAACUGCAAUGCAUGGAGUAAUCUAAGCACCCAGUCCAGAGAAAACGUCGACAUAUAUUAUAAGUUAUUUAAUGGGAGGGAUGGAAUACGGAUUUCUUUUUUUGGAGCGAAAUAUGAUAUAGACCAAGGAAAAUAUCAUAUU